UGGUCCUAUCACAGCCCUCGCCGACCGCCUACGCUACCUCAUCGCAGGCCGCCCGCCCGCCGAGCUCCUCGAUUGCCACCGACUCUGCGAACCAAUUUCGUCGCCUCUCCGCCGCUUGCUUCUGAGGUUUCUUGAAUGCGCGCGAAUUUAGUUUCGAUAGAUGGUUUCUGAAGAUUAUUAUUAUUGUUUCGUUGUUUGUUUUUCGGGUAUCUAAAACAGUAAACCUAUUCAAACUUCAGACUCCCUUUUUGAUACUUUCGAAAAUCUUUGGUGGGAGAAGAGAACUGCAAAUGGCUAGCCUCUUGUCGGGUGAACCCUCCCACCAUGGGCCAUCCGGAGGAAAUUACAAGGCUUCUCAGGUAAAGCCAGAAGAAGGUGGUGGACGUUGGUAUUUCUCAAGGAAGGAAAUUGAAGAGAACUCUCCUUCUAGACAAGAUGGCAUUGAUUUGAAGAAAGAAACUUACCUGCGCAAAUCAUAUUGCACAUUUUUACAAGAUUUAGGCAUGAGACUUAAAGUGCCUCAAGUGACAAUAGCAACAGCUAUUAUAUUCUGUCACCGUUUCUUCCUUCGACAGUCCCAUGCGAAAAAUGAUAGGAGGACAAUUGCUACAGUUUGUAUGUUUCUAGCUGGUAAGGUUGAAGAAACACCUCGUCCUCUAAAAGAUGUCAUUCUUGUUUCGUAUGAGAUUAUUCAUAAAAAGGACCCUGCAGCUGUGCAAAGAAUCAAGCAGAAGGAGGUGUAUGAACAACAAAAAGAACUUGUUUUGCUGGGAGAAAGGGUUGUUCUUGUUACACUUGGUUUUGACCUCAAUAUACAGCAUCCAUACAAGCCACUUGUUGAGGCAAUUAAAAAGUUUCAGGUUGCUCAAAAUGCACUUGCUCAAGUUGCAUGGAAUUUUGUCAAUGAUGGGCUUCGAACAUCUCUGUGCUUGCAAUUUAAGCCCCACCACAUUGCAGCAGGUGCUAUAUUCCUAGCUGCCAAGUUUCUUAAAGUAAAGCUUCCAUCUGAUGGUGAGAAGGUUUGGUGGCAGGAGUUUGAUGUCACCCCACGCCAAUUGGAGGAGGUCAGCAACCAGAUGUUAGAAUUGUACGAACAAAACAAAAAUCCACAAUCCCAGGCCAGUGAAGCUGAAGGGAGUGCUGGAGGUAGUCAGAGACCUUUUACAAAAGGCCCCGGCAACGAAGAACACGCCACUGGUUAUAGUUCUUCCCAUGGUGGUGCUUCUUCAAAGGCAUCAUCUUCCAAGCCAGCACCAUCAAAGCCAGCUCCAGAUCCACAAGAUGCAAAUAAUCAUCACGGACCAUCCAGAACCUCCCAAGCGCGAAAUAAUGAUUAUGGCAGUGCUGAAACCAGUACCAAUCCUGAGCGUCGGGGAGAUGAUGAGUUUAAUGAUAUCCAACACCAUGGGAGAGAAGUGGCUCCUCUGAAGGGGAAUGCAGGGGAGAUCCAGAAUAGAUCGAAGUUAAUGGAAGGGCAUGGCAGUGAUGAUCAGGAGGGAACUGUUGUGCAGAUUGAACCAAGGGAUGCAGGGGAAAUGAAGGAUAAAUAUCAUGGCCGAAGUCUUAACAAGGAUAGUAAAGUCAGUCAGGCACCCCAUGAUGCUACAAAAAAAUUGGACAAAGAAAAGAUAAAAGCUGCUUUUGAACGGAGAAAGGCUCGUGGCGACAUAAAUAAAAUGGACCCCAUGGAUGAGCUUGAGAGGGAACUGGAGGAUGUUGAGGUGCCAGGUGAGAAUGAGAAGACCAAGCGCGAAAGGAAGCAAAGUUGGUCCAAGCCUUCGAAUAGGUCGGAGCAUGAGAACUCUCACCACACAAGAUAUGCCAAUGAAGGUAGAGAUGAUUUUGAUGCUGUGGAAGAAGGGGAAGUAGCACCAUCCGAGGAAGUAGACAGGGGAUAUCGAUCACCUCGAAAGAGAAAGCCGGGUAGCCCGUUGGAACGAAAUGGAUUGGGGAGGCCUGGAUAUUCUGAAAGAGACCACAAAAGGCAUCUGCAGGAGAAUCAUGUUUAACCUCUCUGUAUCCUGGACUAACUACUCGAACAGUUCAUAUGCAUUUAUGUGUUAUAUCUAUUGGUGAUCUCAGUUCUGCAUCGGUUGGGAAAUUGAAGAGAGAAUACAAAAUAAAUCUGUCGAAGUUUAACAAGAAUGCUGUUAUAUUAGACCAGAGUGAUGACAGCUGGUAGUUCGGGUUUGCUGUUUGCGGUUUGCCUAUUUUGACUGGGAUCUGAAGCUUAUGUUGAGGAACCAGGUAAGAUGUUUAUGUAAGUUGUCUUGGCCGUAAUUUGUAUGAAUAGAGAAAAAGCUAAAGAGAGGAUGCAAGGAAAAAGGGAACAAAAAAUCAACUAAAAGAAAAUUCAAGUUUUGAACAGGUUUGUGACAUUUUAAACAAGCAUUACCUGUUGUCAUUUGGAAUUCAUAACCCUUUUUAAUGAUACCGUGGUGAUUGUCUUAAAUUUAACUGCAGAACAUCGAUCCCUUUAGUUGUGGUUGUGUUUUCAUUAAUUAUGUUGGAUAAUUUUUGUCGCUACU